UCUCUUACCUAUUUCUAGAGAAAUCCAUGGUUUUUCCUUUAGUGUUUCUGAAGCUAGCUGACUGGGUCUUGUACCAGCUGCUGGCUAACUCUUGUUAUCGAGCCGCCGGGAAGGUGAGGGACCAGACUCCUAGGUGGUCGUCAUCACCACAGCAACAAGCUGGUUCUUUAUUCCCUACAAGCGUCGCUCACUUUGAUUUAAGCAAAGAUAUUAAAGUCUCUCGUACAUUGGUUUGUGAUAUUCAUGGUGUCUUAUUGAGAACUGAAACCUUCUUCCCUUACUUCAUGUUGGUUGCUUUUGAAGGUGGUAGCAUUUUAAGAGCCUUUCUCUUGCUUUUAUCGUGCUCCUUUUUGUGGGUUUUGGAUUAUGAGCUCAAACUCAGGGUUAUGAUCUUUAUAUCCUUCUUUGGGCUGAGGAAGAAGGAUGUCGAGUGCGCCGCCAUGGCUGUGUUGCCCAAGUUUUAUCUCGAGAAUCUUAAUCUCCAAGCUUACGAAAUUUGGUCUAAAACAAGUUCGAGAGUUGUGUUCACAAGUAUACCUAGAGUAAUGGUGGAAGGAUUCCUCAAGGAAUACAUGAGCGUCGAUGAUGUCGUCGGCACCGAAUUGCAAACCGUCGGGAACCGAUUCACAGGGUUGGUAUCCGCCUCCGGUUUGCUAGUGAAGCAUAAAGCUUUAAAGGGUUAUUUCGGAGAUAAAAAACCAGACGUUGGCCUUGGAAGUUCAAGCCACCAUGAUCAUCGGUUUAUCUCCCUUUGCAAGGAAGCCUAUGUGGUGGAUGACCGAAACGAUCAAAGCUGCGUGAUGCCGAGGGACAAGUACCCGAAGCCUCUUAUAUUCCACGAUGGAAGGCUAGCGUUCUUGCCAACACCACUGGCAACACUUUACAUGUUCCUUUGGCUUCCAUUUGGGAUAAUUCUCGCCAUUUUCAGGAUUCUGGUCGGUAUCUGUCUGCCUUACAGGUUGGCUAUAUUCUUUGGUUCUCUUAGCGGUGUGCAGCUACGAUUCCAAGGCUGUUUCCCUCAACCAAAUUCACAGCACAAAAAAGGUGUCUUGUACGUCUGUACACAUCGAACGCUUAUGGACCCAGUUUUCCUCAGCACGGCAUUGUGCAAGCCCUUGACGGCAGUGACCUACAGCUUGAGCAAAAUGUCGGAGAUAAUAGCUCCCAUCAGGACAGUCAGGCUGACCAGGGACAGGAACCAGGACGGAAAAACCAUGAAGAAGCUGUUAAGCGAAGGUGAUUUGGUGGUCUGUCCCGAAGGAACCACAUGCAGGGAGCCUUAUCUGUUAAGGUUCAGCUCUUUGUUCGCUGAGCUAGCCGACGACAUAGUUCCGGUUGCUACGAACGCUCAUGUAAGCAUGUUCUAUGGCACGACGGCGAGUGGGUUGAAAUGGUUGGAUCCCAUUUUCUUUCUGAUGAACCCAAGACCGAGCUACCACGUUCAAAUACUGGGAAAGGUGCCACCGGAGUUCACAUGUGCAAGGGGCAGGUCUAGCUUCGAAGUGGCUAAUUAUAUUCAGAGGAAACUGGCUGAUGCUCUGGGAUUUGAGUGUACUACCUUGACUAGGAGAGACAAAUACCUGAUGCUUGCAGGGAAUGAAGGGGUUGUCCAUGAUAAUAAGAGAAACUAACUAUCCCCCUCUUCACAACACUAUUAAUUAAUUUGAUUUG